UUGACCUCAGGGACCCACGGGGAGUUAAAAGCCAAGUUUCCCGGUGCGGGUGUGGACUGUGCGACCCUGGCCCUUGGGAGCACAGACCAUAUCAUGUCGCCGCAUCGUGGGGUAAGUAUCUUGUAUACAGUAUCAAUACAGCUUGGAUGGCAGAAGAUGGCACUGUGGAAUAAACAAUUUGUCGUCAUUCGUCCAGAGAGGUCGCGACUUUUGAAGCGCGACGGCUCAAAGUCAACAUUUAUUGUCGCAACGACGAAGCUUGCAGUCACGGUUCAACAGUCACAACCAAUGUUGUGAUAUCACUUGGGACGACUGAUUUUUAAAUUGAUCAUAGUAGAAGAGAUCCCCUACUACUUCAGCUACCAACCAGAAAUGAGGUGCAAAAGGUCGACGUUGCAAUCAAUCCAUAACUGAUAGCGAACUGUCCGCAACCAUGUUCACUACCUUACCCGACCUCACCCCCCGAGAUAGCCACUCCUCAUGGUACACCUCCCCCCGCCGCCCCCACCCCCCCCAACAAUCCCACCACCCCUCCACAGCCUUCACCGAAUCCUCCACCACCCUUGACAACAACUCCCUAGUCCCCCCUCCCCCUCCCCCCAACUCCCGCCACAACAACAAAUCAUCCUCCUCCACCAACUCAAUCAUCGACCGCUCCUUGUUAGGCCGCCUAAAAGCCGACGAGGACCUCAUCCGCCGUCGCCAAGCCCACAUCGCGACCCACGGCCAGCAAUGGCUUAAACCCCCCGGUCUAGCCAAGACAUUAUUCCAGAUGAGGGAAGAGAAACGUGAACAAGAGGAGCACGCCGAGGCGGUAAGAAGGGAGAUGGUAGCGCAGGAGCUGGCCGAGGCGCAGGCUGCCGAGGAGGAGCAGGGUGUUGAGGAAGGUGAGGAAGAAGAGGGGAUGGAGGUUGAUUUGGAUGGGGAGAUUCCCGAGGGGAUGAUGGACAUGGAAGAAGAGGAUUUGGAUGAUGAAAUUCUCGAGGGUGAUCUUGAUGAUGAUGAUGAUGAUGAUCUGGAUGAUGCGGUGCCAGGGGAGGAUUUGGAUGAUGAGAUACCCGAGGGAGACUUGGAUGAUGAUAUACCCGAGGGAGGGGGGUUUGGGUAUGAUGGUGCGAGUGAUGAUACGGACGAAGAGGAGGGGGACACGGAGCAGAACAUCAACAACACUUUUCAAACCGCGCAGUUUGACACGUCGGGAGAUGAAAGCAGUUCUGUCGACCCGAACGAUGUUUCGCUUACCGAGGUGCAACAGCAGCGCCGGAUGGAGAGGAGGGAGCUUCAGUCACGGGUGGCUAUCGUUCGUGCGCAGGAGCAGAGGAUGAGAGAUCUCAUGGCGCAGCAGAGCCAACCGAGACAUGGGAAUAACAACAGUAACGACGAUGAUUUGUAUGGUGGGAAUGACAAUGACGACAACCACUACCGCGACGGAGGAGCGAAUGACAUGUUGGAAGAGGAAGACAUUGUUUCGUCUCGGCAGCCGGAAGGGGGGGUUGAGUCGGGGGGUGAUAUGGACAUGGGGGCUGACCUGGACGACGAGAUUCCUGACGCGAGCGGGAUCAGUGGGGUUAGCGGUGGUGCCGGGUUCGGGAUGGACGGGGCGGGUUAUGAGCAUACUGACUCUGAGGCUGAGCUUAGCGAUGAUGGGACGCAGGGGAAUGUUAGUUUUGCCAGAGGCGGGGGGAGUGUUAGAUGGCAGCAGCAACAGCAGGGGAAUUUCAGGAGCAGUGCUGUUGGCCCACCGCCGCAGCAGCAGCAGCAGAAUUUCAGGAAUAGUGGGGGGAACUUUAGGAGCAGUGGGAUGGGAAGGUUUGAUCCUAGGUCGAGUCUGAAUCACGAUAUUAGUGGGUUUUUGAGCUUGGACGGGAGUAGUAUGAUUGGGAGUAGUCCUCAUGCUAGUUUUAGGAGGAGUCGACAUGGUUAAGAAGCUUGGGUGGUGGUGGUCGAAGAGGGAGUGUGUGUGGUUUAGUUCAAGUAUGAUACCCAUUUGUUUGUCUUAAACUGGGAGUAUGGCGUAUCGUUAUGGAACCGGAUUCAUAGGGCUUUUUUGAGUCUUGUAUUACACUGAUGAAAGGCAUGGAAGAGGCGCGAAACUGGUUGAGGUAGUCAAGCAUUGCAUGCCA